CAGUGUUUUCUGUCUCUGUCAGCUCAAUCGUGGGAGACGCCGGCCACUGGAAGCAACCAAAGUCCGAACCCAAACAACCCAGCGGAGUACUGCUCCACCAUCCCCCCCUUGCAGCAGGCCCAGGCCUCUGGGGUGCUCAGCUCCCCUCCUCCCACCGUCAUGGUGCCUGUGGGAGUCCUGAAACAGGCUGGCAACGAGGGGACCCUGACACGGGAGCAGAGGAGGGUGUGGUUUGCUGAUGGGGUGCUACCUAACGGAGACACAGCAGAGUCCCCCAAACUCCCAACCUCCAGCUCAGCCCCCUCACAGUCGCUGGCUAUCUCCACGUAUUCAAACAAAUCCUCCACUUCUGAAUCCUCAGAGGCAGCCCACACCCCUGUUGCCCUGGUGGGCAGCCCCGUGGGCAGCUCCGUCAGUCUGAUCCCGGAGGACGGGCUCCCUCCCAUCCUCAUCUCCACCGGCGUCAAAGGAGACUAUGCAGUGGAGGAGAGGCCGUCGGAGAUCGUCCUCAUGCAGCAGCUGGAGGAGGGAAGUCCGGACCCCCUGGUCUUCGUGCUCAACGCUAACCUGCUCGCCAUGGUCAAGCUAGUCAACUAUGUAAACAGGAAGUGUUGGUACGUGACGACGAAGGGCAUGCAUGCCGUCGGACAGGCAGAGGUGGUCAUUCUGCUCCAGUGUCUGCCUGACGAGAAGACCAUCCCGAAAGACGUCUUCACCCACUUUGUUCAACUCUACCAGGAGGCCCUCAGCGGCAACGUUCUGAGCCACCUGAGUCACUCAUUCUUCACGCAGAGCUUCCUGGGCAGUAAGGAGCACGGCGGUUUCCUCUACAUCAGCCCCUCCUUCCAGUCGCUGCAGGACCUGCUGCUGCCCAACCCACCGUACCUCUUCGGCAUCCUGAUGCAGAAGUGGGAGACGCCCUGGGCCAAGGUCUUCCCCAUCCGCCUCAUGCUGCGGCUGGGCGCAGAGUACCGAUUUUAUCCGUGUCCUCUGUUCAGUGUUCGCUUCAGAAAACCCCUCUUUGGAGAGACCGGUCACACCAUCAUGAAUCUGCUCGCAGAUUUCCGUAACUACCAGUACACGCUACCGGUGGUGAAAGGUCUGGUUGUGGACAUGGAGGUGAAGAAGACGAGCAUUAAGGUCCCCAGUAAUCGUUACAAUGAGAUGAUGAAGGCGAUGAACAAGUCCAACGAACACGUGCUGGCCAUGGGGGCGUGUUUCAACGACCGGGCCGACUCCCACUUGGUGUGUGUCCAGAACGACGACGGGAACUACCAGACGCAGGCCAUCAGCAUCCAUCACCAGCCUCGCAAAGUCACUGGAGCCUGCUUCUUUGUAUUCAGUGGUGCUUUGAAAGCGUCGUCGGGCUUCUUGGCCAAAACCAGCAUUGUGGAAGACGGUGUGAUGAUCCAGAUCACGGCGGAGACCAUGGACUCUCUACGGCAAGCCCUGAGGGACAUGAAGGACUUCAGCAUCACAUGCGGUAAAGCUGACCAGGAGGAGAACCAGGAGCUCGUCCACAUCCAGUGGACGGAGGACGACCACGACUUCAACAAGGGCGUCAUUAGUCCCAUUGAUGGGAAGUCUAUGGAGUCAAUCAUCAGCGUCAAGAUCUUCCACGGCUCGGAGUUCAAAGCCAACGGCAAAGUCAUCCGCUGGACAGAGGUGUUCUUCCUCCAGAGUGAAGAUCAACCCAACGUCCUGAGCGACCCGGCCGACCACAGCCGGCUGACGGAGAACGUGGCGAGAGCUUUCUGCAUGGCGCUGUGUCCGCACCUCAAGCUGCUGAAGGAGGACGGCAUGGCCAAACUGGGACUGAGGGUCACACUGGACUCUGACCAGGUGGGUUACCUGGCAGGAAGCAACGGCCAGCCUCUCCUGCCGCAGUACCUGAGCGACCUGGACAGCGCUCUGAUCCCCGUCAUCCACAGCGGGGCGUGUCGGCUGAGCGAGGGCCCGGUGGUCAUAGAGCUGGUCUUCUACAUCCUGGAGAUCAUCUCCUAGGAGUCCUUCGGAGCUUCACACCUCCAAGAACACCGUUUACUUUAUGACGUCGUCUCCCUUCAACAGUUUGCACUUCAAGCCUGGAAAAAAACAAAAACGUUGGCAUGCCAGGCGGGGAGGGGGGUCGGGGGGUGUAGCGUUCCUCAAGUCAAACCUAUGCAUCCAACCGCCAUCUGCUCUGCUCCAGGGGCCGCCUGACGGAGCUCCGAGCAGGACCAUCUGUGUGUCCUGUGUACCUGAACCUCGCCUGACAGGUACUUCUGGUGUUCACUUGAGGUGCUCCGAGCAGGAAUUGAACACCAGUGACAUCACACUGUUCAACCCCAGUGUGGCGUUGCAGUGCCUAUAAAAAGAAACAACCCCCUGGAAUGUAUUUCAUGUUUUACUGUCUGUGCAUCAUUGAGUCAAAGUAGAUUAGAUGUGGAAAGAGCGUCUCUACAAAGUCUAAGGAAUUAGGAAUAUAAAUCACACAUCUAAAUAAUUUCACACCGCGGUAACCUCUUGAAAAAAAGUGAGGAGAUUGUCAGCACAUAGAUUUUAUUCAACUGAAAGUUUUUUUGUAUUAUUACACUCAUGCUGAAUUGUUCCUGUAAAUUGUCCUUCUGACUGAACUUAGUGGUUUCACUUGGUUUCCUGAUCAGCUGUUUUUGGUUUUUUUAGUUUGAAAAAUGCAGGGAAAAGGAGAACAGUAAAAUGGUCGAGAACUAAACGACUUCGUACAACAGAGGGAACCGUCAACGGCGGAGGCGAAUAGUUAAGCGAUCAAGUGAUCGGUGUCAAAAAAAAAAAGCCACUUCUGCUUUGAUUCAAUGUAGUAAAACGAUAAAACUUCCAGGGAGAAUGAAUAGUUUUCAUAGGUGUUGUAUGUAGCUCACCCGUUACUCCAAUGUAACUGUGGCAGUCGGGGGGGGUCCUGGAGCUCUCUGACCUCUGUGUAGCACAGAUGCUCUUAAACAAGAGGGACUCAUAUUCACCGCUGAGAAGUCUGGACCGUUUCUCUAAAGUGACGUUAAAAGGGAAAUCGUCCAAUCAGAUGGGGAGAUGGACUGUGGUGAUGUAGUUUUUUGGGGGGUUUUUUGCACCAUGGUGCUCAGUGCCUGCAGCAGCGAUUCAUCAAGCGGAACAAAAAAGAACAUUUAGCUUUACUCAUCAAUCACCAGAUGCUUUAGUUGAUGGAUGAAUCCAUCAACCUGCUGUACAUAUUUUUGUAGGCGUAGUAACUCCUCCUCCAUGCUAACUCUGUGUCUGUAGCCUCCAUAGACCCCACAUAUAAAGACAUUACUGAAGCGACCGUCAUGAAAUAUUACAAAAAGCCUUUUUGCCAUCUUAUCAAUCGACUCAUGUUGAAAAAGCCACAUCAGUUAUAUUAAAGAGGAUAACUGUAGAAGAUGUAAAGAUAUAUAAAUAGAUGUAUAAGAACUGUAUUCAAUUGCAGAAGCAGUGCACUGGAUUCUAAGCCAUCAACAGGAGAGUGAGAGAGAGUUUCGGGGUUGCCGCUGUGUCCUGGAAGACUCAUGUUUUGUUUGUUUUUUUGUUUUUUUUUUCCCAACGGCAGAAAAGUUCAGUGUUUGUAAAGAUCCGGGGUUCCUGCAGAAACGAGAGUUUGAUCGACCUGAAGCUGAAUGUAUUUCAUCUCAUAUUUCCUGCAACUUUAUCGUCCCUCCAAAGCCCUGAAAUCAUGAACAUCCUGCUCCAGACUGCUCAGAGGAACCCUGUAGAUCAGAACUGUUUUAGUGCAUCUGUCUCCUUCAGCAACAUGGACCUGGAAAUGAUAAGAAUGUAUUACUCCUGUUUCUGUUCAAAUCUGUAAAAGUGUGUUUUUGUUUCUGGCUAGACUAAUCACCAAAAACCACCCUGUCAUGUCAAAAAUACUCUGUACAGUAAUCAUUCUCCAUCUUUAAUCAUGCUAAUGUAAAACCAGAAGGGGCUGCACACAAAGAGUGUGCUGUUACUACAGCGCGUGAAAAUCAAUCUCGUCAUCACAACUGUAAA